GUCAGCGCGCGCACACACGAACAGGCCGAACCCGCAGUUAUCUCCAUCGUCUUGAAGUCUAUCGGCGGUGAAAAUGAUCAAGUGCGUGCAGGGGGUGUUGUGUCUCUCGGUUCUGGUGGCGUUCGCCGCCUGCAACGCUCCUCCGGUACCGUUAGACGACAUCCUCAUUGAGAAAACUUUCGAACCGGAGCAGUGCGUGCGCGCAGUCAAAGUUGGGGACUUUGUCAGGUAUCACUACAUCGGCAUGUUUCCGGACGGCAAGAAGUUCGAUUCCAGUUAUGACCGUGGUAGCACCUACAACGUGUUUGUUGGCAAGAAGCAGCUGAUUGCAGGGAUGGACAAAGCUCUGGUGGGGAUGUGCGUCAACGAGAGGGUGCUGGUUAAGAUCCCACCUCACCUUGCCUACGGAAAACAAGGAUACGGCGACAUCAUCCCUGCUGACUCCAUCCUCCACUUUGACGUCCUGCUGCUCGACGUGUGGAACCCGGAGGACGGCGUCCAGAGCAACACUUACCACACGCCCUCCGUCUGCUCCAGAAAGGUGGAGGUGUCUGACUAUGUCCGCUACCACUACAACGGCACCCUGCUGGACGGGACCCUCUUUGAUUCCAGUCACACCCGCAUGCGUACCUAUGACACUUACGUCGGGAUCGGCUGGCUGAUCGCUGGUAUGGAUCAGGGCCUUUUGGGAAUGUGUGUCGGAGAGAGACGCAUCAUCACUAUGCCUCCGUCUCUUGGAUAUGGAGAGAAUGGAGACGGUAGCGACAUCCCAGGACAGGCGUCUCUAGUGUUUGAUGUUGUACUGUUGGACCUCCACAAUCCCAGAGACGGGAUCGCAGUGACGAAUCAGAAGGUGCCCGAGUCCUGCACAAGGAAGACCGUUGCUGGAGACUUUGUACGUUACCACUACAACGGCAGCCUCCUCGAUGGGACAUUUUUUGAUUCCAGCUACUCCCGUAAUCGUACCUACGACACCUACGUGGGUCGAGGUUACGUCAUCGCCGGCAUGGAUGAAGGUCUGAUUGGCGUCUGUAUUGGAGAGAAACGCACCAUCACCAUCCCCCCACAUCUCGCCUACGGAGAGGAAGGCACAGGCUCUAAGAUCCCCGGAUCAGCUGUGCUGGUGUUUGACAUUGACAUAAUCGACUUCCACAACCCUUCAGAUAACACUGAGGUCGUUAUCACUUUCAAGCCAGAGGAGUGUGAUAAGCAAACCAAGAAGGGAGACUUUGUCAAAUAUCACUACAAUGCCUCACUGAUGGACGGCUCAUCCAUUGACUCUACGUAUAAUUAUGGAAAGACGUACAACAUUGUGCUGGGAGCCAAUCAAGUCGUCCCUGGGAUGGAGGAUGGACUGUUGGACAUGUGUGUGGGGGAGAAAAGGCACCUUGUUAUUCCUCCUCACCUCGGCUACGGGGAGAGAGGAGUCACUGAUGAAGUUCCAGGGAGCGCUGUGCUGGUGUUCGACAUCGAGCUGGUGGAAAUGGAGGAAGGACUUCCUGAAGGCUACAUGUUCAUCUGGAACGACGAGGUGUCACCUGACCUCUUCGCUGAGAUGGACAAGGAUCAGAACAAGGUGGUGGAGCCCUCUGAGUUUACUGACUACAUCUUACAGCAGGUGAAUGACGGUAAAGGCCGCCUGGCUCCCGGCUUCGAUCCUUACCGCAUCAUUGACAACAUGUUCUCCAACCAGGACCGCAACGGAGAUGGAAAGAUCACAGAGGCAGAGUUCAAACUUAAAGCAGACGAAGCCGCUGGUCAUGACGAGCUAUGACGGGACUGAGUGUAGAACUCAGAUCAGGGUGAAAGGCGAAGGGUCAGACAGUCGGGGAAUGGGGGCUUAUAGUAAAUAUGUGGGUGGUAGAAUAGCAACAGAUGGGGUUGUAUGUGUAAAGUGAGCAAGUGUUUAAUGAAAAAUGUGCUGACAGAGAUUUUGUGUUUUUUUUAUCUCGUGGACUGAGUUGAUGGUCAAACGGCAUAUUCUCCGUUAAGUGCCAAAUGAAUCUGAAAAAAAAGAGUGAGGAUUUAGGAAGACGAUUAUUUGUGAAGUAUUGGAAAGAGAACACCUAUUCUGAGGACUAUGAUGACAGUGAAUGACUUUGUGUUUACCUCCUCGCUCAUCAGGUUCUUUACGUCUUGGUUUAUGUGACUUUUUUUCUUUUUUUUUGAAGGGUAUAAAAGCACUAGUGUGUGAGAGAACAAACUCCACGCUCUCUACAUUUAACACUCCCUUUACUUUACGGUCGUUUAUUGUUGUCAAACUUUAUUUUCUUCUCACUGAGUAUUAAUUUGCCUGAAAUAUCUGACAGCCUUCCAGAAGCGUUGACUUAGUCAUCACCUACUUUAAGAUACUGUGAUGGAAGGAAGCUACAUUGGUUUCCUAGAGGAGAAAAUGAGUGAUUGUUUUAAGUGAGAAUAAUAAAUUAUAGUAACAUUUUAUUUCUGUGGUUCUAGUCAACACCUUCCGCUUUUAAAUGUCAAGACGUCUUCUGUGUUUUCUGCUGUUAAAACCAUCCAACACAACAUUAUAACACUGGAAGGUCCACAAUCCUUAAAUGUUGCCAUUGCUUUCCAGUCCUGCAAUCACUUUUGCUCAGCUGUUGCUUGUUUGUUUCUUCUCCAAAUGUCAGCCCCAGUUUAAGACUUUGUGUUAUUGUGUGUGCAUGUGUGUUUGUGAGAAAGACAGAGAGAAACAUGUGUGAAUGUUGUUUUUUUGUAUUGCUUUUUUGUUCAGGAGAGGCUUGAUGAUGGUAACUAUGUCAACUCAUAAUGUCCAAUCGAUUAAAUGACCUGACCUAAAUAUGU